AGUUUAUCUGUUUUGAGAUCGGAAGCUAGUGGCUCGUCAUCCUUGGAGGCGUAGUCCUGCGUUGAUUUCACCCGGGAAAAUUGAACUGCUGUCAGUCCACGACGAAACGGCUUGGCGGCUGGCGUUGCUCCGAAACCGUCCGCACUUUAGUCCACAAAAAUGUCCGCCACUUCGGAAGUACACGCCGGGGAGCCGCACACGGAGUACGGCCGCGAGAAGACAGAAGAGGGUCGGGCUGCGGAGAAGAAGAAGAAGACGACGACGUUUGGUUUUUUCUGCGAUGAACGCGGGUACCUGGAUCAGAUUGAGUACAUCCUGCAGUUCGGCCGCAGGAAGGGGGACCGAACCGGGACUGGGGUCCUCUCUGUGUUCGGCGCUCAGGCCAGAUACAGUCUGCGAGACCAGUUUCCCCUGCUGACGACCAAGAGAGUGUUCUGGAAAGGGAUCCUUGAAGAGUUGCUGUGGUUUAUUAAGGGAUCAACGAAUGCCAAGGAGCUCUCGGCGAAGGGGGUGAAGAUUUGGGAAGCAAACGGGUCCCGGGAGUUCCUGGAUAAUCUUGGGUUCACAAAGAGAGAGGAGGGCGACCUGGGACCUGUGUAUGGUUUCCAGUGGAGGCACUUUGGUGCAGAAUACACAAACAUGCAUUCAGAUCACACAGGACAAGGUGUUGACCAGCUGCAGAAGGUCAUUGACACCAUCAAGAAGAAUCCGGAAGACAGGCGGAUCAUCAUGUGCGCCUGGAACGCUAAAGACCUGCCCCUCAUGGCUCUGCCCCCCUGCCACGCCCUCUGUCAGUUCUACGUGUGUGACGGAGAGCUGUCGUGUCAGCUGUACCAGCGCUCCGGUGAUAUGGGUCUAGGCGUGCCUUUCAAUAUCGCCAGCUAUGCCCUUCUCACCUACAUGAUCGCCCACAUCACAGGACUCAAGCCUGGUGACUUUGUUCACACCCUGGGAGAUGCUCACAUCUACAUCAACCACAUCGAACCUCUCAAAGUACAGCUCCAGAGGGAGAUCCGCCCCUUCCCCACGCUAAAGAUCCUGAGAAAAGUGGAGAGUAUUGAUGAUUUCCGUGCAGAAGACUUUGAGAUUUGUGACUACAACCCCCAUCCCACCAUCAAGAUGAAGAUGGCUGUAUAAUAAUCCCAAUUUAAAGACAACUAGGGAUGAAUGUGGUACAUAUUGGAGGGAAAGCCUAUUUUAGAAAAAACAAUGAUCACAUUGUUCUGUAUUUAUAGUGUGUCUGCUUGACUUUCAUUUUUAUUACCGAGCUCAUACACUUAUUUUUACAGUUUAUCUAAAUCACAAAAAGAGGUGUCUGCAUUUUUUUGUUUUUUUUGUUUUGUAUUUUUGGUGAACUAAACCUUUAAACCAUAUUAAGUUCUUACACAAUUCAUUUUACCUCCGGGGGGGAAAGUCAAAUCUACUCUUGGGUUUUCCUAGCUGAACGGUGAAGAAUUUGUUUCAUUUAAAUGAUUAAUCUAUUUCUGUAAAUAAAGAAGCUUUUUUUGCACAGGAAU